AGCGGUUUCACAAGGUGGUGGGGCAACGAGCGUCGGCGGCGCGGUCGAAGCGAUGGAUGGGAUUGUCCUCGAUGACGAAAUCCUUCAGAAGAUAUAUGCGUGGAUCGAUGAAGUGCCCCUUUCCCGGCCAAAGAAGAACAUGGGGCGCGAUUUUAGCGAUGGCAUUCUAGCGGCGGAAGUCAUUGCGUACUACUUUCCCAAGCUCGUGCAGAUGCACAACUACAGCUCGGCCAACUCGUUGACGCAAAAGCAGUAUAAUUGGGGCACGCUCAACACCAAGGUCCUCAAGCGGUUGGGAUUCCAGUUGACCAAGAAAGAAAUCGACGACAUCGUCCAAUGCAAGCCCGGUGCCGUGGAAGAAUUCCUGAGCAAGCUGCAGGUCAAAAUUGCAAAUUACCGCCUGCGGCGCGCCAGUUCGACGGAUGUAGGCGACUCCGCAAACUCCCCCGUCCGCGAACCGACGGGUCACGCACGCGUCUCGCUCAACGAGGAAAGUUUGAACAGCGAACAAAACUACUCUGGCGUGCCCAAGCGGUCUGAGGUCCGGGAAGCCAAGGCGAAAGACGACAGCGUCGACGACUUCCCGGCCAGUCUCGCGAGCUUUGCUUCCAAAACAUCGCAGAAGUCGUCGCCAGACCACGCCGACGUGCACGCGGACCUCCAAGAAAAGAUCAGCAUCAUCGACGAGCAGCGGGAGACCAUCCAGAUCUUGGAGCAAAAGAUCCAAAAGCUCGAACAGCUCGUGCGGCUCAAAGACGGCAAGAUUCAAACGCUUGUCGCCAAGUUGCGCACUCAAAAGUAGCGAGGGACCCACCCCGCAUCGUACAAAAUAUUAUGUUACACUGCACUUGCUGCCCUCCGCCG